AUGCCUGGCGGAGGUGUUGUGUUUCUCGUUUGUGUGCCGACGGCAAAUCAUGAACGGGCUCUAAUUAACGGAUUGGACUUUGGAAACAACCAGCAAAGUGCACUUGGGCCGACGUCGCCGCCAAUCAACACCGCCGUCGAACGGAACUUGAACAUAAACGUACCGGAAAAUGCCGUUCAGCCGAACGUCGGUGAAGCGAACGACUUUGCAAAUGCAAUUUUGCGACUCGAGGUUGAACUGCGAGAUAAGCAUGCGCCACCGAACAAUCGACGGGCGGGAAAACCUCGACCAGGACACCCACCACCGCCGGCACCCGUUAGCGCCAAUCCAUUUACGGGCGGCGGCUUCAAACAGCGUAACGAUAAUUGCCUUGUGCCGAUGGAACAGGUACUCGAUGAGCUGCUGAAAAAGCUCGAGAUUGAGCACGUACUGUGGCAUCCGGAUCGGGCCGGUCACUAUUAUCAGGUGCUAUUCCCACUGGCCGCCGGUGAUCCAUGCGAAACGACCCUGCACUGUCUGACCGAGUUGGGCAUCGGCAAGCGAGCGAACUCGAGUGUGAGUGUUUUGCCGUGUAGCGUUUGCUAUGAUGGUUCCGCUGCAGAUUCAAAUGAGGACGAUUACGGGUAUGACAGCAGCAGUGGCGAGGAAAAUCCCAAAUGGAACAGUUUCGUCGAGUCAAUUCGAUCGAAGCUGACGGUGAAACAGGUGGUCGACGGUGUCCGGGCUGGCGGUUCGUUAUCGUUCGACUAUCUGCUGCUCAUCGUUACGGCCGAUUCAUUGGCCGCUCUUGGUCUGGUGGAGAACAAUGCUCCAAAUAUUGUGGCAGCUAUGCUGGUGUCACCCUUGAUGGGACCAGUCAUGUCGAUUACGUUCGGAGCAAUUAUCGCUGAUCGAGAACUGGUGAAAGUGGGCUUCAUAUCGCUGGCAUUGGGAAUGUUCAUAUCCAUACUGUUCGGUUUCAUUUUCGGUUUAAUUCUCGGUACCACCGAUAUGCCGUGGGGCUUCGGAGAUUUUCCUACCGAAGAGAUGAAGGGACGUGGAAAUGCACGAUCCCUCUGGAUGGGCAUCCUAUGGGCUCUGACGUCCGGCAGUGGUGUAGCGGUUGCACUACUGCAAGGGUCCGCUGGACCACUAAUCGGUGUGGCCAUUUCGGCAUCGUUACUACCGCCCGUUGUUAAUUGCGGCCUGUUCUGGGCGCUUGCUUGCAUCUGGCUGAUUUACGAGGACAUCAAGAUACCGCACCUGAAGGGAGAACCGUACCGCGGAAACUCGAGCUACGAAUUCAUCUAUACAAAUUACAUUCCGACGGAAUUUUUAAUUAGCGGCAUCGUUUCCGGCCUGCUCACGGUGAUCAACGUAAUUUGCAUCUUUAUUACCGCCAUCAUCGUGCUCAAGAUCAAGGAAGUGGCAGCCCCGUACACCUCCAGUCCGGAUUUGCGAAGAUUCUGGGAGACGGACAUAAGAACAGCACGGACGGCGAACCGGACUACUAUCCGAAGGAAGCAAACCGGAGCUGGUGAAGCGGAUAUUAUAUCGACGUAUGCCGAGUUGGAGAACGACCCGAAGGCUCGUGGCUUAGAGACGGCCUUGGAGCAAGCGUUGAAGGAAGCUGUUGACGACGAUACGUAUCGCAAGGUGAAGCGCAUGAGCUACUCGAGCAACGCUGCCAAUGAGAUUGCAGAACGUUUGUUUGCGCCCGGCGGUGUUGGCUCGACGGCAGCCGGAACGACGGGACUGCCAUCCAAUCGGGCCAGUAUUCGCAACUCGAAGAACACAGCCGAUUUGAAACUGCUGGAAAAGCUAGUGACCUCAUUGCUGGAGGCGCAAGAUUCAGCCAACCGGCAGCGUUCGACCGGUUCGAGCGGCACGAUGGCGCACCGUUUGCGACCGUUAUCUCGGUCAUUUCGGUUGCCAAGUUCGAUCAGACGUAAGGAUACCGGUAAUUCGACCUCCAGUGGUGGAACGAUGCCGACUAUUCGUGAAUCAGCAGGCAGCGGCGGGGGUCCAAGGAUCAGUUCCUGGGGCGAUCAGCAGAGCAGCAACGUUCGGCGGGUGCUGAGUUCGAUUGCCAAUGCACCGCAUCGUUUCAGCCAAUCGCUGGUGGCCGGCGACGGGCGCAACGACGAAGAAAGAAGCAAUUUGACACAGAAUAUUCUUUGA